AUGGUGGCGUACUUUUUUCUUCUACCUUUCUCUCUCUUUUUUGUUAAUCGCUGUAGUGAUCUGAAAGAGUCUCCUCCAAUUGGAACAUUGCAGUCAAGACACAAAGCUUAUGGAGUCCUAAAGAUCCUUAAAGAUCUCUUUUUCUCUACAACAAUCCCAGCCACAGCGAAAGCUACCAAUUACGACAAGUGUCGUCGUAGAGAUCGCCGUCAUUUCAAAAAUUGCACUGAAAGCACUAAUGUGAUUGACUGGAUACUAAGUGAAGGAGACCCCACGUUUUUAGAGGAGCUUUCUAAUUUCAAGGAGGAUUCAAACCCUAUUGCCUGGGAUUGUGCAGUUUGGAUACGUACUUAUGCAUUGUUUCUUGAGGAACGACUUGAAAGCUUCAGAGGUACAGUAGUAGAUCAGGGAUUUAGAUGGUGA